AUGGAGACCUGUGUGGCCUGUUUGCUGCACACCUGCGUGGUGCAACCGGGGCAGCUGAUGCAACCGGCACGGAUGCUCCAGUUGUUGGACUCCCCAGAUGCUGGACCACUUCUGCAAUAUCUCAGCUGGUUGGAGGAGGCCUUAAAGGAGAUCACCAAUUCGUCGACCGGGCGCACGGUGCUGGUGCCGCAGCGCGCCUUUGGCGCGCUGAAGAGCUGGCCGGCGGAGCGGAGCUUGCUGCGGCAGAGCGCCGAAGCACUCUGGGAAGCCAUCACGGUGCAGGGCCCACAGCAUUUGAGGCACGCCCAAGCCUGGAAUGAAGCCUUGCAGCAGCGACAAGAGAUACAAAAGCGCCAGACAGAGGAAUGCCAGCGUGUAGCCCAAGAGUUGCAUGAGACUGCGUCUUUCUUUCUAGCACAAGUCGAUGAGCAUUCGGGAGGUGAAUGGCCCAAAUUGGCGCGAGUCACACAGGACUCCCUCAUGAGAGUUCAGCAGGUUGCCGAAGACCUUUUCAACAAGCAGAAGGACUGCUGGCAACACGCCUUGGAAGACUACGAGGCCCUGAACACCAAAGCCACCAACUCGCGCGCAGCUGUACAAGAGGUGCGGCGGCAGGUGCGCCGUCACGAGCAAGCCUUUGGGCAAGCGGCCCAGCGCUUCACCGAGGUGGCCAACCAGCUGGUAGCUUGGACAAGUCUUCUUGUGCCGAAGCUGCGCUUGUUGGAAGCCCAGCGUGCCCACCUCCGUGCUGCCGUGGAGAUCCGCCAGACCUUGCCAGCCCUCGAGCGGGAGUACCUGCAUGCUGAGGAUGAGCUGGACACGGCGCAGACCGAACUUCGAAAGCAGAAGCGGCGCUUGCAGGCGUCCAGCUCUCGGCGUCGGCCGGCCAGCAGCCCGGAUGCCACCACGGCAGGAUAUGUCUUGGAGCAUCAGUGCGAACUCCGCGUAGCACAUGCGCAGAAGCGGGUAGAUGACCUGCAAGAGCAACUCCGUGAGGCAGAGAAGAGGCUGCAAGAAGCGGAGACCAGCCUUCCCAUGGAGUUGGGACCGCACGAGGAGGAGAGCGGCGGAACCAGCAGCUCAGGUGUACAGCCAGAUGCUGUGCCAGUGGAUCCUCAUCUCACCAACGAAGAGCGCUUGGCACUGAAGCUUGCCACGUUGCAACAGUUCCACGAGGAGAUGGUGGCAUUGGCGUCUGAGUCCCAGGCAGAGCAUGAUAAGAUGCUGCGGAAGGUGGAGCAGAGAAAGGUUCAAGCGGCCUUGAAGCAAGCCGUGGAGCCUGACUUCAUGAUGGGGCGAGCCAGGCAGAACUAUGGUGACGAUGACGAGGGCAUCCUCGCUGCGAUUGCAAACAAAGUACUAGGCCCUGUGCGGGGAUGUUUGGGAAUGCUGCAUUCUUCGAGACCUCCAGAACCAGCGGUUGAGGUGGUCGAGCUGCUGCAAGAUAUGAAGAUCACACCUCGUUUGGUGAUACAGUUCCAUAAGAUCUUCAAAAGGCUGAAGCAGACCGAUGCGAUUACGCUGCGGGUGGGGCCCAACGAGGUGAGCACGGCCAGCAUGACGCGGCUGGUGAAGAAUCACCGGAAGUGGGUGGCGAAGAUUCUCAUUCUGCUCUUGGACUUGGCCGGCUUCAAAGAUACAGUGACCUGGGAUGGCUUCCUUUAUGUGACGAUGCAGUUUUGCUCCCUUUCCAAGUUGGAGCUCUGCCAGGUGAUGUUCUACAUCGUGAGCAAAGAAAUGAGAAGUUGGACGGUGCACUACGUCACCAGUAGUCAACUUCAAGAGUUCUACGAUGACUAUUACACCUGCCCUGUGGCAGCCUUCAAUACCAACUCCAUCGGCUUUGCCAAGCUUCCUUUGGCCAAGUACCGCAUGCAGGACUUCAUCGAGCUUUGCUACCGCUUUAGUCAGUUGAUCAAUCCCUGCAUGCACCUUCAGAGGUCACUGCAGCAGUCACUGGGUUCGUUGCGGUAUUGGUGCAACUUCGAUCGGGUCAAGGUCUACAACCGAAAGAUUAACAUCGACUUUUUUCGAUACCAGAAAGUCACUACGAUCCUUGAGCUCAUGCAACGGCAAGCUGGAGUUGCCUUGGGGCCGAUUCAACAACAUCGUCUGGCAAUGAGUGAGCACUUUCUGCAUUCCAUUGACAAAUCCAGCCCUGGAUUUAAGGAUGACCUCGAGAAAUUCAAGGCCACUGUGUUGCGAGCUUUGGAAGUCUGCCGCCCCGUGCGCUGCGGGGUUUUGCCGAUCCCAACCCUUGGUGUGAAACCGCCCACCAAGACCAAACUGCAACGUGAAGUGAAGCUGCCGAAGUGGAUGACCGAGCAGCUGGAGCAGAACUUCGCACCGGGACUGUACGGCGGGCACUCCUUGGGCCACGCGCUGCAGCUGGAGUGGGCGAAGCGCGAGAAGGUGCCGCCCUCCCUGGACCGCGGCCCUGACAUGCCCAAAUCCGUGGAGGAGGCCGAGCGCUUGAUCCGGUCCACGUUCGGCGCCACGGCGGCUUGGAAGGCGACCACGGUGCGGCAGAUCGCCGCGGAGCUGUUCCUCCACGCGGCCAAGCCGCCCUCGGAGGACAAUCGAAUGAAGGCUGUGAUCCGCAGUCAAGAGAUGGAGUUCAUCCGCAUGAGCCGUGAUGAUCAUGAACCUCCAAACCUGGUGACCACCAUGUUCCGACUCUUUCAGGAGGAGCUCAUCCACCGAACCGAGGAGCCAGAUCCCACAGCCAACCUGAACAUUCAAGUAGUCCGUAGUUAG